CACUAUAUUUUAGCCAUAGAAAAUGCUAUCAGUGAGGCUAUUCUAUGAUUUUGGCUGUCAGCCAGUUUGUUCUGUGCUGCUGUGUGCUAUCGCUGUGAGUUUCUACGUUUCAGCAUCGUUUAUGUAAUACGUACUUUACAUGUGUUUCCAACGUGAUGUAAAUAAUGAGAUUGCCUUUGAUAAGCGGCUUUAGUAAUAAGAAACCUCGAGCAUCCACAGUGUUAACGUGCUAUUUAAGGCAGUGCAGGGAACCUCCGUGGACAUCUUUCUUUAUAAAGUACAAUAGCGUAGAAGAUGAUCAAUGGGGUAAAUCACACUUUAAUUGGAAAGUUGGAGAAUCGAAUUACCACAUUCUUAGAACGGGUUGUUUUCCUUAUGUUAAAUAUCACUGUACGAAAAGGCAACCACAAGAUUUAACCAUUGAAGACAACUUCUUCAGAUUUAUUAAAGUGAUCAAUCUAGGUAUUCCUUGCUUGGCGUAUGGAGUAGCUGCUACAUUUUUAAUAAAACAUACCGAAUUUGUUUGUACUUCAAAUGGGAAAGUUGAAAUAUAUUUUCUUUAUCCAGAGGAUAAAGGUUCAAAAUAUUGAUUAAAUGUUGUAGAUAAAUUUGUCAACAGUUAUUUAUACUAAUAAAGCUGGUAUUUUAAUGUG